CCAUGUUAAACAAGAGACACUGGGUCAAAGACGUUAAACAUAAAACUAAGCAACAAAUAAAAGCGAUAGUUUAACCGGGGUCAUAAGUAGUCGAGGGUGGAUUUUUUUUCAAGAGAGAUCUGUCCUCGUUAAAAUAAAUUUCAUUAUUUUCAAUUAAACAACAAAAGAUAUUAUUAAUUACAGGAUAAUAAUAAAUUAAAAUUUAUUAAAAAAAAAUAAUUGUAAAAAAUGGCUGAUGAUGAUGCACCAGCUUGGGAUCUUGGUGAUGUGGAAGAGACAAAACCAAGUCAACCAUCAAGUCGUGCACGUACACCAGUAGCUGGUUCUCAACCAUUAUCAGGACGUUCAUCUGGUACAACAACACCAGGUGGUACAAAAAAUCCAAAACAACCACCAAGACCAAAGCUGGAUUAUUCAAUUUUUGCUAAAGCACCAAAACCAGAAUAUACACUUCAUUGGGUUAAGCCAUUGUUUUUAAAUUAUCAAUAUCUAUGGAAUUACAGACAAUUUUAUUACAAUGAUGUCAUUGAUUAUCUCAACAAACGUAAUCGUGGAAUUAGCCGUGAUCGACCAAAUGCUGAAGAAUGGUCUGAAAGAAUGUUUAAACUUUAUGAUCAUAAAAAUACAAAUAGAAGUGUUAAACAAAUUGCUGAUGUGAGAUUGAUGAAUGAAUACAAACCAGAGCCAAGAUAUUACAGCUAUCAUACUCGUGCAUACUACAGUUUAAAAUAUCAAAAAAUACUUUAAAUAAUUUAUUAUUUAUUAUUUAUUUAUUAUUUAUUGCUAUUUAUUUUUUUUCUUUCAUGUUAACAAUAUAUACGUUGAUGUAUUUAAACAAAAAAAAAAACUUGUAAUUUCAUUUGCAUUAUAAUUAAAUGUAAUGUUGGUAAAAAUUAAUCAAAAAAUAAUAAUAAUUGAGUAUUUAUAUUGAUAUUGAUGCUGAAAAUAAAAAUGUAAAUUUAUCAUAAUAAAAAAAAUUAAUAAUUAAUUUAAAUUGAAUAAAAAUAAAGUCAUAUUUUAAACGAAUAUCUAUGUCAAUAUUUUAAUGUAACACAAAUUCGUUUUUUUUUUUUUUUAUUAGAUUUUUUUGUUAUUCAUAAUAAACAAUUGUGAAUAAUAUUAUGAUUUUUUAGUCAUACUUUAAAAUAUUUUGUAUAAUUUUAUUUAUUUUUCAAGUCACAAAGUAAGAUAUAAUUUUGACUUUUAUUAUCUUGAUUAUUUGAAAAAAUUAUCAACAACAAAUACACUGUGUCGAUUUAAAUAAAUAAUAUUUAUUUAUAGAUUUUUUUUAUUUUGAAGAUUAAAUAUAAUGCUGAAGAUGACCACAUAAUUUGAUUAAAUUUGCAAUGACAUUUAUUUGUAACUCUUGACCUGAUUGAACGAGCCAAAAAGAAAAAAUAACAAACAAUUCUUUAUUUAUUUUUUUAUAUAACACAGAGAAAAAUCGACAAUGCAGUUUAUUUAAUUUAUUUAUUUGCAUAGGCACGACUGAACAUUUAAUUAUAUUAUUCAUUAUUAUUUACCAAAAAAAAAAAAAUCUAAUUUUAAACAAACAAGAGGCUUUGAAUUAUUGUUAUAACUUUUUUAAAAUUCACACUUGCUAUAAUAAUUGAAAUUUUUUUUGUUUUUUAAAUUUUAUUAUUUAUUUUUUAUUUUUAACAAUUAACUGAUUAUUACGCCGUUUAAUUUUAUACAUUUUUGUAGCACAUUCAAUCACAAAAAAUUGACUCGCACACAUAUAACAUAUUUAUUUAAAUUAUUAAUUUAACUGUGAAAGGAUUGAGCUCAACUUUAGAGUGGUUAUUUAAAAGCAUUCAAAGAUCAAAGAAAUAAAUAAACAAUGACAAAUUUAUGAGUUAAUAAAUAACACAUUGUUAAAGAUUCAUUUCAAUAUGAUAGUAUUAUUUUUUAAUAUAAUAAUUUGAAAGAUAGUAUAUAGUAACUUGUUAUAAUUGAGUCGAGAAAAAUUGUUAAAAUUUCGUUGAAUCGCGACGUCUACGAAUAAGCGUAUUAUUUUUAUUAAAUUAAUUAAAAUAACACUAUUUUAUCUUUUUAAUUUUUUCAUCAUCUGCUGCAUGAAACAAUGAAUUUUCAUUUAAUUGUUUCAAGCAUUUUAAUUUAUUUCUAAAAAAUCAAAUUACAAUUUUUAUCGUAUCAAAGCUUGAACAGUAAAAGCAUCAGUCAUUCUGAAUGAAAAAUAAAAUUAAAAUAAAACUGCCACACAAUUUUUGAACCUUAUCACAACCUUUUAAUUUUUUUAAAUUUAUUAUUUUUUUAUAAUCUUCAAUUUUAUUUAUUGUUAUUUUAGCAUGAGAAAGAAAGAAAAAAAAAAAAAACAUUUAGAAGAAUUAUCAUGGACAACAAGAGGCAAAACUCAUCAAGAGUAUUUUUUUAUUUUUAUUUUUUAUAAACAUUAUGUUAUAUAAAAAGUUUCUAAAAUUGUUAUUUAAUUUAAUUUAAUCAUUUUUCUUUUUAAUUAAAUGAAAUUGUAAUAUAUAUUUGUUUUUUGUUUUUUUUUUUUUUCUUUUAAUCAUUCCUGAGGAUAAAAAGGUCACUAAUAUAAUAAAUCGAUUAAUAUUCAUUUCUAUUUGCUCUUUUAUCAUUACAUGCAAUAAUAUAUAUUUUGUUAAAUCUUUGAAUAAUAAUUUUAAAUAUAUUUGUAACAUGUAUUAUAAUUGGAAAAUAAUUAUUAUUAGUUGAACAUGUUUUAUUGAUAGGCAUUGUUAAGUUUGGUAUUUUCGUGAUAUUAAUAUUAUUGGAAAUGUGGUCACGAGCCUUCGAAUGGUAGAGAGCUUUUCACUUCCUGUUGACAAUGUUUACCAAACCACUCAAUCGAUGUGGAUAUAUUUUGUCUCUCAACAAUGCACACCAUCAGACUGAUUCAAUUAACCAAAUCACUGUACAAUAUGAAUCAUCGUCUCUUCUAUUUGUCAGACAUAAACAACAAGUCUAAAAUAUUUUAAAAAACAAAAAAAAUAAUAUCGUUUGAUUUAAUUGUCAAUUAUAUUUCAUUUGUAUUUUUCUUUUUUUUUUUUCUUUUGUUAUUUAAUCAUUGUUAUUGCUUUGAAUAUUUAUUUAUUUAAAUUUUAUAUUUUAUUAAAUUCAAACUGCAAUAUUUGAAUACCACUUGGUGUAAUAAAGACAAAUUACAUUUUUAUUAUAUUUUUUUUUUUUUCAUAAAAUUGAUACUUUUUAGUCAAGAAAUUUUAUAUUUUAUUUUUGAAAAAUUUAUUUAAACAACAAGAUGAAAGAAUUAUUUAAAAGAUCAAUAGUUUUUCUUAGUAAUUUUUGAAAUUUUAUUUUUAAUUUAUUGUUAAUUAUUAUGUCAAUCAAAAAAAAAAAAAAGUUAAUUCAAAAAAUUUUCAACAAAUCUAUUUUUAUUUUAAUUAUAUAUAUAUUUUUUUUUUUCAGAUCGAUAAUGAACAAUUAAAGAUAAUUAAUUAUCACUUCUCUUGACAUUAUUAUUGAAUAUAUUAAUUUUUUUUUCAAACAUAUAUUGGCCUCGUCAAUGAUUUUCUCAAUGGUUAUUUUAAUUACAAAAUAGCCUUCAAUCCUUUUUGUCCAAUUGUUUUGACUCUUUUUCAAGCUGUUAUUUAUCGUUUUUUUUCUUAAUUUUUUUUUGUCACACUCAUCAUACAUUAUCAAUCAUAAUCACACACAAUUUUAUCGUCACUUUCAUUCGAAAAAAAUAAAUUUCUAAAACGACUUUUGGGCAAUAGUGAUU